AUUUCAGGAUGGACUCUUACUAACAGCAUGGAACUGGAGUUCUCUAGUUCCUGGGCAAGGUGCAUGGGCAGGAACCCCAGUCUGACAAAAACUGUGGUCAGGAGUAAGCCCUCUGGAGUCCUGGCAAGGAGUGCAUGAGCUGCCUCAGGUGCUGAGGUUUAAAGGGAAGUGGUAGUGAGAGCAGAUGGGACUAGACAGGAUUGGAGCUUUCUCUACUAGAAUUGCAAGAACAAGAGAGGGGCCUGCCUCCUCAAAAGGGAUUCCACCAGCCCAAGGAUGACCAGCAGGGCCCAGAAAUGCCCAAUAAUGAGUAUACAGCAGUCCUCCUAGGGCCUGGCUUCAUCUCUUCUGCCCACUGCAAAUCUGUCUGCAUCCUUGUCCUGUCGCACUUCUGGGAACACUGGCCCUGAUACCAGAACCCCAGGAGCCCCCAUGAGCACGGGUGAAGGAAGUCCUGGAUAGCAAGGCCCUGGCUGGUCCAGGAGUGGGCAUUCCACCAUGCCACCCAUCCUCCAGCGCCUGCAGCAGGCCACCAAGAUGAGCCGCAGGAAAAUCCUGCUGCUGGUGCUGGGGUGCAGCACCAUAAGCCUUCUCAUCCACCAGGGGGCACAACUCAGCUGGUAUCCCAAGCUGUUCCCUCUGAGUUGCCCACCUCUGAAAGAGUCCCCACCGCUGCGGGCCAAGCACACGGCCGUGGCCUUCCUGAAGACGCACAAGACAGCUGGCACCACGGUGCAGAACAUCCUGUUCCGCUUCGCCGAACGCCACAACCUGACGGUGGCCCUGCCGCACCCCAGCUGCGAGCACCAGUUCUGCUACCCGCGCAACUUCUCGGCGCACUUCGUGCACCCGGCCACGAGGCCACCGCACGUGCUCGCCAGCCACCUACGCUUCGACCGCGCCGAACUCGAGCGCCUCAUGCCUGCCGGCACCGUCUACAUCACCAUCCUGCGAGAGCCGGCGGCCAUGUUCGAGUCGCUCUUCAGCUACUACAACCAGUACUGCCCUGCUUUCCGGCGCGUGCCCAACGCGUCGCUCGAGGCUUUCCUGCGCGCGCCCGAGGCCUACUACCGUCCCGGAGAGCACUUCGCCAUGUUCGCGCACAACACGCUGGCCUACGACCUGGGCGGCGACAACGAGCGCAGCCCUCGCGACGACGCGGCCUACCUGGCGGGCCUCAUCCGCCAGGUGGAGGAGGUCUUCUCGCUCGUCAUGAUCGCCGAGUACUUCGACGAGUCGCUGGUGCUGCUGCGGCGCCUGCUGGCCUGGGACCUGGACGACGUGCUCUACGCCAAGCUCAACGCGCGCGCCGCCACCUCGCGCCUGGCCACCAUCCCCGCGGCGCUGGCGCGGGCCGCGCGCGCCUGGAACGCGCUGGACGCCGGCCUCUACGACCACUUCAACGCCACCUUCUGGCGCCGCGUGGCGCGCGCCGGCCGCGCGUGCGUGGAGCGCGAGGCGCGCGAACUGCGCGAGGCCCGCCAGCGCCUGCUGCGCCGCUGUUUCGGCGACGAGCCCGUGCUGCGGCCGGCCGCGCAGAUCCGCACCAAGCAGCUGCAGCCCUGGCAGCCCAGCCGGAAGGUGGACAUCAUGGGCUACGACCUGCCCGCCGGCGGAGGCGGAGGCGGCGCUGGCCCAGCUACCGAGGCCUGUCUCAAAUUGGCCAUGCCCGAGGUGCAGUAUUCGAACUACCUGCUGCGCAAGCAGAAGCGCCGCGGAGGUGUGCGGGCCAGGCCCGAACCCGUCCUGGAUAAUCCCCCACCACGGCCCAUCCGAGCACUGCCCCGCAGUUCACAGGGCUCCUGAGGGUCUCCUGCCACCCGGAGCCCAGGUCCUACUCUAUCCUGCCCUCCCAGGAGGAAACUGUCCCCAGGUCCUUUCUUGCUAGGGCCUUUUCCUCCCCGUGGGGCUUGAGUCUCGGAUCAAACUUGGAGGUCCAUCUGUGCAUAUGAGCCCACCUCCCCAGCUUCGGCUGAACACCACCUUCUGUGGUGGCGCUGAUAGGCUCCAUCAAGCCCUGGGCCAUCCUCUCCUUCCCAGCUAACUGGUUGAUGACUUUGACAAGAGAUCUAAGGGUCGUCCAGAACUGCCCACCCUUGCCUUUUUUCUGGGGACAGAACCCCCACUUGUCUUUUGGGAGGGGUUGACUCCCCCACCUUUGAAGUAGAUGACCACAAGCCCAGAGCCGGGUGGAGCCCUGGAGAAGCGCUGGGCUUUUUUGUCAGCGUCCAGGCUCUCGCUCGUCCAAGGGCUGCAGAGGCCCUCUAAGGUCUUCCAGGUUUUAUCUUCCCUGCAGACCUAACCUGCUCCCAGAACCCAGAGGUCUUGGAUUGAGCUUUUUGUUUGGCUUUUAUUCUUUCUUUUUUUCUCUCUUUCUUUCUUCUUCCUCUUCUCUUUUUAAUAAAACCACGUUAAAUUGUG